AUUAACUUAUAAAAUAGCGCCUGCGCUUCAGAAAUAAAUUUGAAUUUGUCGCACCGGAAAACGAACAUCCGGAGUCGCCUUAGACGGAGAUGAAUACGCCGGGUAUCAGCCUGUUCCAGGGGGCGGACCCCCUCAAUGUGAACUCCACAUUGGACCGCCAGGAGGAGGAAGAGGCGCUGCAGGAUGAAAAAAGACGCCAAGAGGAGAUUGGACAUCUGCUGGUAAAUGCCUUCGACGACCUCAAUGAUGAUGAGAGCACAAUCGACUCGACCUCGAAUUAUCAGUCGGAACAGUCUCCAGUUCCGCCCACCUAUCCAAACCAUCCGCUCCAGAAACCGCUGCAGGAGGAUCCCCAGCAAGCGAAUGAAUUGCACCGUAUCAAGAUGAUGUUAGAAUCUAAGAACAACGAACUGCUUAAUGCAAACCAGGCCGCCAACGCUGCGCACAAGAAACUCGAUGAGAUCGAAAAACGCCUCUCCAUCACGCAGGCCGAGCUGGAGCGGGCUCUGCGCGAGAAGCAGCACACGCACGAGCUGCUAGUGGAGACCAAGGAGAUUUGCUCCAACAAGGACAGCGAACUAGAGAAGCUGCGCAUUGAGAAGAAGAAACUGGAGGAAGAGAAUACGCGGCAGCUGGGCCAGCUUGAGAUAACAAGGGCGAUGUUGUCCGACGUCCAGUGCAAGUACAAAAUGGUGCAGCAGGAUACACACAAGCGGGAGGAGCGCGGCGUUGAGCUGCGUAUCAAACACAUCGAAGACACCCAUCGAGCGCAGUGCGAUCUUUUCAACCAGCAACUCAGCCAGUUAAGGGAUCAGCUGGAACGGAAGAAAAACGAGUUAGAGCAGAUGACCUCGCGCUACAAUGCCCUGCAAUCAGGCCACGAAUCUAUGCUUCUCGACAAGGCCGCCAAGAUAAACGAGCUGAGCCAAGCUCUGGACGUAGCUCAGGAGCGUUGCAACCAGAUAAACAGCAGGCCCAAUUUGGAAGCAGAGAAUCAACGCCAGCAACAGUGCAUCGGUGACUUGAAAGCCCGCAUUGCCUCCCUGGAGCAAGUGAUCGCUUCGCUUAAUGAUCGCGUUCACGAAACAACAGCGGAGCUGGACCUCAUGGACUCGCUCCUCCAACAGCAUCAUGCGGAUGAAUCGCCCAAGGGAAAGUUAAGUCAAGUAGGCGGAUCGCGCCUUGUGGGCAGCACACCCCUAAAUCCUCUAGACAGGGUAAGCCACAUCAAGCAGGAGCUGUUUCGGGCGCUGGCCAAUCUUAAGAGCAAGCGAGAGGAGGUAAGACGCCUGGAAAAGCAUCUGGAUGAGCGCAACCAGGAACUACGUGUACUGCGUGACCAGGAGAAUCAAUCCCUAGUAGAACUGGCAACCAUAAAAGAAGACAAAAUGCGUCUGGAAAACAAGGUGAAAGCAAUGCAGCAGGAGCUUGAAGAGCAGCAGCACAAAUCACAGCAGGAGUCCGAUCUACGGGCCCAGUUGAGUGCCAUGGAAACCGAGAGGGAUUCACUGAAGGAAAACCAGCAGCGGGUUGAAGAGGAGCUAAGGACUGCGGAAACGGAUUUGGAGCAGUUAAGGCAGCAGCACGAGAACCUCCAGCGAAACUACGAACAACUCGCACAGGAUAAUCGGCAGUUGCGGAGCCGAGCAACCGCAGACAAUCUGCGCUUGGACCUGGAACGUCACAAGAUACUGUUGAAGGAUUCCCAGAGCGAAGUGGAGCGACUGAAGAAAUUGUACUCUGACAUCGCCACCGACAAGGAGUCGUUGGACUACGAACUAAGAAAGCUAAGGGAAUCAGACACGCUUAAAGAGUUGCAGGAACAACGCCAACAGUUGGCCACUGCCCAGCGAAAUUUACAGCUGGCGGAGCUCAAGUUCCAAGAGCUUAGUAAACUCCUGGAAUCGGAAAAACUCGACCACGAGCGUGAUCUACAAACUCUGCGCCAAAAGAGCGAGCGCGAGAAGCGAGAGGAGGCCACUGCUGCGGCCAAGGAGAGCUCCGAUAAUUGCAGCAAGUGCAUUGAGAGCCUGGCAGAGAUUACUAAGUCGGAAAUCCGUAUGUUGAAGCUCCAAAACGUGAACUCAUUGCAAGCCAAAGAGCUUAAGGAAUUGGAAACAGAACUGGAGCAGUCUAAGGUGCUGCAGGCCGAGAUGCAGGAAAAGAUCGAGCUUUCGAUCAAGCAGGACGAACUGAUCAACGACCUCAAGGAGAAGGCCAAGCAUUUUGAGGCGUACAUUAUACAACAGGAAGAGUAUCAAAGGCAGCAGCAACAGAAGAAGACUACGCCCAGUCCCAAAUCAAACUUAGAUACCUCGCCCGGCUCCGGCUCUCCGAAAGAGCUUACCCAGGAGCGGAUUAAGGUGAUUGAACAGCGUGUUCGCGAUGAGAUGGCGAAACUUUUUGCGGCCGAACUCAAGAAGUUCAACACCCGUCUGCAGCAGACCGAAGAGCGGAGCCAGUGCCUCCAAAGGGAGUACCAAGCGGUGUGCGCAGAGCUGCAGCAUCGCCAAACGGAGGUGGAUUUGCUAAAGCAAACCAUUCUGGCAGAACGCGAAAACAUAGAGGAGAUCCUGGCCGGCAAGGAGGAAAAAGAGAAGGCAAUGCUGCAGAAAUGCCGCCAGGAGCUGCAAGCCAAGAACCAGCGAAUCACCGAAUUACUGCGCGAACUGGAGGAGCAGCACGCCAGCAUUGAUUCGGAAAGGCAGUCCAUGAAGGCUGUUAUGGCUCAGUGGGAAAAGCAACGGCAGUCAAUCGAUCAGGUGGAGCAGCAUUGGCGCCAGCAGUUGGACUCGCUGCGCACCACCCAUGAGGAGGCAAUGCGCUCCGCCCAGCAGCGCUAUCAAAGUGCUAAGCGAACCGCCCACAAUUACAAACUGUAUGCCGAGGACAAGGAAGCGCACAUGAAACGCGAAUACGAGCGCAUUAAACAUGAGUACGAUCUGUCCCUAGCGAAGAUCGAAGCUACCAUGAACCAGCACCUGGAGCGGCACAGUCGCGAGAGGCACCGCGACAAGGAAAACGUGCCGAGCAAUAGCAGCAGCAAACCGACCAGCAGCUCCAACACUAAUACCAAGAGCAAUGGCAAUAGCAAAAGCUAGAAAAUACAGGAUUAUAUUCGUUAGGUAAUUAUCGUUAUCGCAUGCACUGCCUAGUUGUCCAAAAAUACAUGUCGCUAUACAUUCCUGAGUUUCUGGUUGAUU